CUGCUGCCCUCGCGGUUGUUUGUUUUGUUCGGUCUUUUACGAGAGUCCUAAUUCGAUGAUAUACUACACAGGUGGAGUCGGUGCCGUGUUCAGGAAACUUAUCAGUGUUCCGACAGCCUUUUGUUCUUCGCAGCAGGCACUGUGAUGUGAACCAACGUGCAACAACUUCUGUGACCGCGGCAGCUAUUAUGCCGCGCUUGUGAAGCAAAGUUUCAAAAGCAAAGAGGAUUUUCCACUGUCGCCAAACGGAUCCGUUGCGGACUGUCGGAAGUCACGGCGUGUGAACUUUGAACGGAAGUGUCUUCAAAUAGGUGACAUGCCGUUAUUUGGGAAAAAGAAACGGGAUUCCGACGUCCAGUCCCAGCAGAAUUCUGGUGGGGAUCACGAGGCAGCAGAUUCACCUCCCUGGACCCCGACUAAUCGAGCGGCAAACGGGAGCAGUGGUUCAACACCUGGGGCAGUUUCCGACGGUCAGUCAAAAACUCUGCCCAAGCCCAAAUUAGUUUUUCACUGCCAGCAGGCACAGGGGAGCCCCACGGGUAUAAUAUCCGGUUUUUCGAACAUCAAGGAGCUGUACCUCAAGAUAGCGGAAUGCUACGACUUCCCAGCAUCCGAUAUCCUGUUCUGUACACUGAACACGCACAAGGUGGAUAUGUCACGUCUGCUGGGCGGACAGAUUGGACUGGAUGACUUCAUCUUCGUACAUCGGCGAGGUCCACCGAAAGAAGUAGAGAUACACAAAGGGGAAGACUCCCUGGGGCUCACCAUCACCGACAAUGGAGCUGGACUGGCUUUCAUUAAGCGCAUCAAGGAGGGUUCCCUGAUGGAUCGCAUAGGGUUUGUGCAGGUUGGGGACCACCUGGAGCGCAUAGAUGAACGUUCCAUGGUCAACUGUCGCCAUUAUGAGGUGGCCAAGGCGCUCAAGGAGAUUCCCAAGGGGACCACUUUCACUUUGCGCCUUAUUGAGCCUCUCAAGGCUGGAUUUUCUCAUAUUGGUCCACGAAGUGGGGGAGCGAGUACAGGAGGUGCCCAGGCAAAGAAAAGUGCACUUGGAUCAGGGAAGGAGACUUUGAGGCUGCGCUCCAAAGGUCCUGCCACUGUUGAAGAGGCCCCUGACUACGUAAUGCAGAUGGCUGUGGACAAGGUUAAUGCCCUUCUCGAGUCCUACAUGGGGAUAAAUGACACUGAACUGGCAACUCAAAUUUGGGAACUCGGAUGCGAACGUCCAAACCCUCAUGAAUUUGUGACAGCCAUUGGGGAGUCGGAUCUGGAUGCCUUCGGCUUUACGGAAGACUUCCUAUUUGACAUCUGGGGCGCAAUUAGUGACGCCAAGGCGGGACGUUUACCAGCCCCUGAGCCUGUCGCGCGCACAGAAUUCUGAAAGAAUUGUUAAAGGUGCACCGCCCUCUACUGUAGUAUCUCAGUCUGUCGAUUAUUUGCUCUAGGAGCAAGCCUUGAAGUAGCUUCCACAUGUUGAAGUAGAAAGACGUAAUGUCGCACAAGUUAUUUAAGCAGGUUGUACAUUCAUUGUCCUAAGUGUGGGAGCUUUGCAGCUAGGAAAGGAAGCUGGACAAGAAAACUUGUGUGACAAGCAGUGUGGACUGUGGACCUACACAUUUGCUAGUGUUAAUUAUGUAUGAUGUGCUUUUCAGGUUUUGGAUGAUUUUUCAGACAUUCCCCCUGUAGAACAGGCAAUUUCGUGUCACGUUUAUCAUCGUUAUAUCAUGCACCAUGCGUCAAGCUACUUAUAAGCAACGUUUUAUGCUCGUCAGGACAUUAAGGCUUUGAGUCUUAGGCAGAGAAACAGCAUAUGUGUCUAUGUCCUACAAGAAAGCUUCAUUCAGUGCAGUGAUGUCAUCUGUACCUUGGGCUUGAAUACACACACAGAGUGUAUAACAGGCCUUUUUUCUGUGUUUGUGUAGUUGCACGGAACGAAUACUGCUGGAAAUAGUGAAAAGAAUAACACAAAUAACAGGCACUUACCGUGCAGACCUCCCAGACAAAUCUUGUGCAAGUUUCAAGAAUGUGGUGCAUACAGUGUGUAAACUCACGUAAUUCCCCACGAUAUUUCGACAGCCCUAUGCAGUGCAAGAUUUAAAUCUUGCCCUUUAUGCAAUGAUCACUGCCCCAAGUCAGUACGUUUUGACAUUUUCUAUAUGUGUAUGUGAGCCCUAUUUUGACUGUUCUGGUAUGGUGUGCAGUAGUCUGUACAUAUCUUGACGAAAGAAUGAAAAAUCAUUCCACCUUGACAAGGACCAAGAAGAGCUCACAUUUUCAUAACGAAAGGUUGUUGCUGUUUGCAGAAGGUAAUUAUUUUUGCAGUGCGUUGAUGGAAUGAGAAAUAACUAAAACUACUCGACAUCUACGGUGUGCAACAGGGCUUCAGGUUGGACCUCUAUAGUGCUUACAACACGCCCUCGAAACGUCUACAUUCCAUUUGGACAUUCCAUUUGGAUCAAUGUAAUACAAUACAAUAUACAUGUUUAUUUCCAUUUACGUAUCUGUUUCAAUAUUGAUGACGCGUAGCAUGUCCACAUGCCUCUCCGUCCCAAAGUAGUGCACCCAUAAUGUCACAUCGCCUGUCUUUUAAGCAUUAUGUUUGCAUUCAUAUAAGAUGGUGUCAACAACAUUAUGUCUUUCAGCUUGUAGUAGGGUACAAAGAUUGGCAGAACAGUUUGAAACGGCCUGUAGUAAGGCCCAAGAAUUUAUCGAUCAUAUUUUUGUGACAUUGUGUGCGGUUUGUUGUAUGGAAUAUCUUGGUACAGGGAUCAAUGUUGUUAAAUCUGUGCUUGUUCUGGUUGUGAUUAAUCACUGCUGUACAAUUGAACAGAGCACAGUGUUGUAUAUUUUAAACACGAAAAGAUGCAAAUUGUACUAGUCAGAGCGAUGUUCCAGAAUUAUGAGAGACUCUUUAGGAACAUUCCCAAUGACAUAAAAUAAAGUAUUUUCAGAACUUUGAA